GCGAUGGUGUCGGCGGCAGCGCGCGGCGGCGGGUCUGGCCGCGGCCUCUGCUGCGCGCGGCCGAUGGCAGCCUUUGGGCCGCGCGGCUGAGUGCGCGCUGGUCCCCCGCCGGCUGACGAGUGUAUUACCUUCAGGAGAUGGCCCCUUCUAAGUCUUUGAUGAACAUUCUAACCUUCACUUUUGGGUCAGCGAUAGGAUUUUUUGUAUGCUAUCUUCUGUUUAGCAUUAUACUAGAAGAGCAAGUUAAGAUCCAGCCUCAUAUCCUUCACAAUGAUCCACAUGGUCAACACUCAGGAGAUACAGAUAACAGUCAGCUGCAAGGACAAAUGAAUUUCAAUGCAGAUUCUGGACAGCACAAAGAUGAGAAUAAAAAUAUUGCAGAGGGACUGUACGAGAAGGUGAAAAUACUGUGUUGGGUCAUGACUGGACCUCAAAAUCUAGAAAAGAAAGCCAAGCAUGUUAAGGCCACUUGGGCCCAACGUUGUAAUAAAAUUCUUUUUAUGAGCUCUGAGGAAAAUAAAGACUUCCCAGCUGUGGGCCUAGAAACCAAAGAAGGCAGGGAUCAACUGUACUGGAAGACUAUUAAAGCUUUUCAAUACGUAUAUGACCAUUAUUUUGAUGAUGCUGAUUGGUUUAUGAAAGCAGAUGAUGAUACAUAUGUUGUAUUGGACAAUUUGAGAUGGCUUCUUUCAAAAUACAGUCCUGAGCAACCAAUAUACUUUGGAAGAAGGUUUAAGCCUUACGUGAAACAAGGCUACAUGAGUGGAGGUGCAGGAUAUGUUCUGAGCAAAGAAGCUCUGAAGAGAUUUGUUGCUGCAUUUAAAACGAACAAAUGUUCUCAUAGUUCCUCUAUUGAAGACCUAGCGCUAGGAAAAUGCAUGGAGAUUAUUAAUGUGGAAGCAGGAGAUUCUAGGGACACGAGCGGUAGAGAAACUUUUCAUCCCUUCAUUCCAGAACAUCACUUAAUCAGAGGAUACCUACCAAAAACAUUCUGGUACUGGAAUUACAAUUACUAUCCUGCUGUAGAGGGUCCCGGAUGCUGCUCUGAUCUAGCAGUUUCAUUCCACUAUGUCGAUUCCGUGACUAUGUAUCAUUUGGAAUAUUUGAUUUAUCAUCUCCGUCCGUAUGGAUAUUUGUAUCGGUACAACCCUGACUCGGCCAAGAAUCCAGAAGAGCAAAGCAAAAAUGAAGCACUGGAGGAUAAUCAAAAGAUAAAGCAAAAAAUUUCUGAGAAUUAAUGGGACACUGAAGAAAAUGAGAAGAAGCCAGUACAAUGAAUAAGAGUCUCCUCAAACUCCUGCAUGAAGCUUGUGGACUGAAAUGAUUCAUGGCGAUUCUUAUUUUAAAAACAUUGGCUGUCAUUGACUGCAUACAACAGAGUCUGGUGCUGCCUCUGACUGUUUGGGAUAGUGUGACCUUGCAGCCCUGCUCACGAUUUGGGGUCCUAAAGCUGUGAAAUAGAAGGUUGUUUUGGUACACUAAUAUCUGGAAGAAUUUGUUAAAAAACAUAGUGAGCGGGUUCAAAGAUGAUGAUACAGUAUUUCUGUUCCCAUUUCUGUUCUCCUCUUUUUCCUUCCAGAUGUUUGGUUUGAUCAGUUCUAAGACUAGGAAUUCAAUGCUGCUCAAUUCAUGAUGGUUUUCUCUGGUAUUCUCAGUCUAUUGAAGUUACUUUCUGUACCUUGCCCCAUGAGGAAGGGAGAGGCAUGAAAAGUCUGCUUUGCCUUAAUGACAGACUAGUUAUUACGAAUAGGCAGAGAUCCACCCCAGAGGUAAAUCUGAUUUGUUACAGAAAUGAAAUUCCCUUUUCUUCUUUAGUUUAUCUGAUUAGCUGAAUGGAAAUAAAAAAUCAUCUCAGAAUUGCUCAGCGUAAGAUAAGGUAGAUCCUUUUUGAAAUAGAAGUCUCUCUUCCAUCACACCUUCCAUCUAAACCAGGAAGAAUGGUAUCUUAGCAAAGUACAAUGUCAUUGUAAUGUCAUGGUUUCACCCACAAUUAUAACUAAUUUCCAUUUAAUUCUCACAUCCCUAUACUCUGAGAUUGUGGAGUUACCUUGUUCAUUAGAAUUUUACCAAUACAAACAAGUCGCAUUUAAAAACUGCAGCAAAGCUAUUUGUCUGCCUCACUACACAUGUAGUUCAUUUGGCUGAAGUACUUAUUUCCCUUUUCUUGACAAUUUUCCCCUCCACUUUUAAAAUUCCUUCUGUAUCUGCUUCUCAUGACCUUUUUCAGAGCAAAGUGUUAAACAAUCCUUAUUUCACUCCUUUCAAGCUAAAGUAUAUAGUUACCUGGAAUGCAGCAAUCUUUCAGAGUACAUUACCUUUCUCCACUACUUUAUGAGUAUCUCUGCCACUCAGCUGAAAACACGUUCCUGGUGUGGGACAAAAUAGGUGUUUUAAGUACUCAAAAAUGUUCAGAGGCCAAGCCUGUGUUUUAGUUAACGUGAAACUUCCUGGAUUUCUCUUUUUCAAACUGAGUGAAUAGCAGUACGGGGGAUAGGAUUAAGCUUGACAUGUAGCGUGUCAUUAUUCCACACUUGAACAGAAGUUUCUUCAUCUUUUUAUCACUUUUUGCCUUCAUCAUAUUGAUGACUUUGGACAUAACCUGAUUACCUCCAGCUGUAGUUUUGGAAUGGGCAGGUACUGGUAGCAGACAGUCUUAUACUGCUGUCCUUCAGGAUGCUCCUGGCUGAGGAUAUUACCGUAAAGUUCUGCAUUGUAUUUUAUUUUAUUUCCAAAGUUAGUUCUUAUACCAAUUAGGGUUUUGUCUGUUGUCCAACAGUAGAGAGUCAGGGCUACCUUUCUGACCAUCGCUCUGCAGCGUGUUGGCCACUCCUGGAAUAUCUCAUGGAGCUGAAGUGUCACGUACAUCUUCUCUGCCUGAACCUGGGCUGGGUUUAUAUUUCAAGUAUUAUUUAAACAAAUAGUUCCUGCAGGAUUAAAUCUGUUGGUCUUUAUUGAGCAGGACUGCCUCUGAAGUACUGAAAGGGACACAAGCUUUAUGUUGUUUGACUUAAGCUGAAAGUUAGGAGUUGAUUUGUUUAGCAGGAAGAAGGCUGCCGUUUGCUGUGGUGCCGUGCCCAGGUUAUGAGCACAGCCCUAUCCUGUGACAGCGUGGGCUGAGAGCACGGUGCAAUGCCAGUCGUGGUGAUAAGCCCCAUGGCACUGUUCAAACACGCAAUUAAUGUUUUCUGGAAUGCUUAAGGAAGUUAUAAAAUGAAAUCAAGACCUCAGUGUAAAUUCAGCCCACGUAGAAGAUCUACUGAAAGAUUAUACUGCGCCUUCAUUACUGUUUUCUUCCUCAGUUCAUACAUGGGGAUUUAAAGAUUUUCUGCCACAACAAGCAGAACUAAUUUUACACAUUUUCUGCAGGUUUGUGUCCCAUGUUCACCCUGUACUGCCCUGUGAAGUAAUGACAUUCCUUUUUCAUAUUCCUUGGUGUCUUCACCAGCCUGUCUUGGGGCCUUCAGUGUCAUCGUGCCUGAGUCUCAAGUGGACAAGAGGAAACAGGCAGUGAGGUGUGUGAGCUCCACACAGGUUGGUUGCUGAGGUGACAAGUUAGAGUAGCUGCUGCUGAGCUCAGGGCGAAGCCUUUUCUGUUCUG